AUGGCGGACGGGGACCUGAACUUUUUGAAGGGAUUACCCCCUUCCGCCAUCUCGCUUAAUCAGGGUGUAUGGUGUAUUCCGAUGGCACUUGGUUGGUUGCCGGCCACGACAUGCAACACCUUCAUCUUCCACGCUGCCCGCUUCUAUGCCCCGUCUAACGACGACCGCACCACUAUUCUACACGUCAUGGUCCGCAAACGGGCGUUGGGAACGCUGGCGCUAUGCUCAGCAUCUGCAUUUGCCCAGCUUGCCUCCACCGAUGCAAUCGCAAGUGUAAUCAAUAACACUGGAGUUGUCCCAGCCAACCUGGUCGACCUCGCAGCACAAUAUCUGGCUGGGGAAGCGAAUAACACUCAACAAGCAAUCAUCGCAGCCUUGUCGCAACCUGGAGUAGAUCCACAGAAAUUGACUGAUCCAGAGCACUACUAUUCAUAUGGCCAUUCGCCACCUGUAUAUCCGUCGCCGGAAGGUAAAGGGGACGGUCUCUGGGCCAAUGCCUACGCUCAAGCCAAAGCCAUGGUAGCAGCCAUGAGCAACGAGGAGAAAAACAACGUCACCAUUCCAGCAAAGGACAAUCGAAAAUGCUCUGGCUUUACGGGUUCGGUCGAGAGAAUGGGAUUUCCAGGCAUCUGCCUGAAUGAUGGUCCCACCGGCGUGCGGACAGCGGAGAACGUCAGUGGAUUCCCAGCCCAGAUUUCCAUUGGUGCAACCUGGGAUCGUGGUCUUGCCUACCAAAGAGCAUACCAAAUGGGCAAGGAGUUCAAAGCUAAAGGCGUCAAUGUCGCUUUGGGCCCAGUAGUAGGGCCUCUCGGUCGAGUGGCCAAAGGCGGGAGGAAUUGGGAAGGCUUCACAAACGAUCCUUAUCUCGCUGGCCAGCUCGUUGACCCGGCAGUGCGAGGACUCCAGCAGUCUGUCGUUGCUUGCGUAAAGCAUUUUAUUGGUAACGAGCAAGAGACCAAUCGCAAUCCUUUUCUGCAAGGCUUCUUGGCUCCAAUCGGUAUCAAUCUCAACAACUCAGUAUCCUCAAACAUCGACGAUAAGACAAUCCACGAAUUGUACCUGUUCCCCUUCUACGACGCAGUAUAUGCUGGCGUAGGCUCUGUGAUGGGAAGCUAUAACAGAGUCAACAAUUCAUACGCAUGUCAAAAUAGCAAGAUCUUGAAUGGUCUACUCAAGACGGAGCUCGGAUUCCAAGGGUUCACACUUUGCGACUGGUAUGGACAGCACACGGGCAUUGCAAGCGCUGAAGCAGGCCUUGAUAUGGUAAUGCCGAGCGAUCUCUACUGGGGAAAUAACCAGCUUGCCACGGCAGUCAAGAAUGGAUCGAUGAAUAGCACUAGACUCGAUGAUAUGGCUACUCGCAUCCUGGCAGGUAAUGCGCUAAUCAAUGCUUCAGCGUGGCACCGCUUCGCUCCUCUGAGCAGCCCGGGCAUGGAUUCUCAUAAUGACACCGAUGCCCGUGAUGCUGGGUCAGCCCAGAUAGCCUUCCAAGCUGCCGUCGAUUCUCAUGUCCUUGUGAAGAACAUCGAUGGCGCAUUGCCCCUAAAGAAACCAAAGUCCAUGUCUGUCUUCGGAUACGACGCGAUCGGCGGCAUCAACACUUCGGUGCCCGAUGCCAGUCUGUAUGCAGUGUCGCUGGAGAAUACAUUGAAGUACACGAAUGGCGAAGAUUUCACCUAUCUUCAAGCAUUGCUUUUGGCCGCGGCGGUCGCGCCUGCUGACAUUAGCAUCCCGGAGGUGGCUUUCAAUGGAACGUUAAAGACUGGAGGCGGAUCAGGAGGUCAAACGCCCACCAUCACCUUUGCACCGUACGACUCUUUGCUACGGCAAGCUGCAGUUGAUGGAACCACGCUACACACAGACUUUACCUCUCAAAAUCCGACAGUGGUUGAUGCCAGUGGCCCGUGUCUUGUCCUGAUCAAUUCGCAGUCUUCGGAGUCGGCGGACAGGACAACGCUGGCCGAUGAAUGGAGCGACACCUUGGUCACCAACGUUGCCGACCAAUGCAGCGGCACGAUCGUCAUAAUCCACAACGCUGGAAUUCGCCUGGUCGAUCGAUGGAUAGAUCACGCCAAUGUGACCGCCGUUAUAUUUGCCCACUUGCCUGGCCAAGCUUCUGGCGAGGCGCUUACAGAGAUUCUCUAUGGCCGACAGUCUCCGUCUGGCCGCCUGCCAUACACUGUUGCGCAUAACGAGUCCGACUAUGGGGCUCUCCUGAAUCCCACACUACCGACCCCCCAGGAUCCUCAAUACUCUCAAAGCAAUUUCUCUGAGGGCAUCUACAUUGACUACCGGCAUUUCCUGAAGAACAACAUCGCCCCGAGGUACGCUUUCGGCUAUGGCUUGACGUAUACGACCUUUAGCUAUUCGAACUUGAGCACGUCUCUCGCACCUGGCAUGUCUCACAGUCUCUCUCCUCCGGACGCAUCAGCCACGACGCCGCCACCAGAGGGUGGAUUGGCCUCGCUCUAUGACAUCCUUGCUAACGUCACGAUCACUGUCGAAAAUACCGGCUCAGUCGCAGCAGCCGAAGUUGCGCAGUUAUAUAUCAACAUCCCCAACAGCGGAGUGGAGAAGCAACUGAGAGGCUUCGAUAAGAAGUGGAUCAAGCCAGGACAGUCAGCAAGCUACCGUUUCCCGCUGCGAAGAAGGGAUCUAAGCAUUUGGGAUGUUGAGGAGCAGCAGUGGAUGCUCCAAAAUGGGAAAUAUGGGAUUAUGGUAGCAAAGAUUUUACCCUGGCAUGAAUCUCGUUGUCAGUAAUAUUGUUGUAGGUCGCGAGCGGAGCGUCAAAUGCAGUUGGCUAAUUCGAGCUGCGGCAAGACUU